AUGUCGCCGUCUUUUGACUCGACCACUGACAUCUCACCUCAUCCUCAACGUCUAUCGAUCAUUGUUACCGGUGGCGCAAGUGGUAUUGGCUUGGCUGUCACUCGUCACUUCGCUGCCCAGGGCCACAUGGUAGCUGUUCUUGACGUAAACUCAAAGACAGGCCCUGAUGCUGUUGCAGAAGUGGCAAAGGAGUAUCCCCAAGCCACCCUGAGCUUCAAAUGGUGCGAUGUAUCAUCUUGGGAAGGGCAGUACGCAGUCUUCGAUCAGGCUUAUCGUGAGCAUGGAAAUCGAAUCGACAUUGUCAUUGCCAAUGCAGGAAUUUCUGAUCCGGUAGUCGGGGCUCUCGAUUGCACUCCGACAGAGUUUCCCCGCAAGCCGAACCUUAGAAUGCAGGAAAUCAAUCUGAAUGGAGUAAUUUACAGUGUUGGGCUUGCCGUGCAUUAUAUGCUCAAGAAUGAGGUUGGGAGUCGCCUCCAGAGUUCUAGAGGCUCUAUUGUUUGCACAUCGUCAUCCGCGGCCAUCUAUCCAUUUCCAGUUUCGCCACUCUAUUCAGCCUCCAAGGCCGGCAUUAUAGGACUUGUUCGGUCCAUGGCUGUCAGGCUUGAAGAAAGGAAGAUCCAAAUCAACGCUCUUGCACCUGGAGUCUUGGAAACGAAUAUCACUCCCGAUAAGGAGCUCUUCAAGUCUAUGAUAAUCACGCCAAUCUCAACCUUGACAAAGGCUGUUGCGCAAUUCGUGACAGACCCUUCCAGGACUGGUCAAGUGGCUGAACUGAAUGAGCAUACUAUCACACUGAGACCUCAUGCGGAUUACGCUGAUGCUGGGGCGGAGCAUAACAACAAGAUGUUCUACAAAUUAGGUCAUGCAUAA